AUGAGCCAGCCAGUCCCGCCAGCUCCGCCCGGUACGCGUCCACCACGGGUCCGCCCCCAGGUCGGACGAACCCGCGAGCACCAGACAGUUCCGGCAAACCAUAUAUUUUCUCCGCGACCUGUUAGGUUGGGCACAGGGCUCAACUCAGGAAGGAACAUGUUGGUGUUGAAAGACAACGAGACCGAGCCAAUCACCAGAGUGCCCCUGAUUAUCGAGAGAGGCAGGAUCGAUCGACCGAAUGUGGGGGCGUACACCAUGCCAGACCAAUUCCUCCCAGCAGGGCUUUCGCUGACCCAAGUGGUCCAUUCGUACCCGAGGCACGCCUGGGGCACCAUGCUUCGGGUUUACAUGGCGGAAGGAUGGACUGCGGAACGCAUGUGGAAAAAUUUGCCUCACGACUUCCGCCGUAACCAAGGCGCCCAACGCCCCUGGAAUUAUAUCCAGGCUGCCAUGGGACGGGAGGUGGACAAGAUGUUCGAGGAGGAAACGGGAAGAAAGAGGGUCCCGAUACCAAGACCGAGGGUGCCAAGUGUGGCCGCCGAGAAUCCCAGUGAGGACGAAGAGGACCCGAGUGAGGACGAAGAAGACCAGAGUGAAGACGAAGAGAACUCGAACGAGGAUGAAUCUGAACCCGAAACAAACACCCCGCCACGCCCGCGGAAAACCCAUGCCGAUCUAACGCUCGAUCAAUUGAAAAAAAUCGCUUACAUGGCAGAUCACAAAGUGAAUGAAAUCGAGCAGCAAAUUUUCGCACUCAGGCCCGAGGCGACACAGGAGUACCGUUCAACAUGGAAAAAAGCCCAGGAUGAAUGGUACCAUGUUCAAAUGGACGCGUAUAAGCGUGAUACUGGGAGAGACCUUCGCCAUUCUCGCAAGCCGAACCUGGUGUUGCGGGAGGUGUGGAAGACGGGCCACCCGCGGAGUGAUGAUGAAAGCCUCUCCGAAUAUCACGCCAGGGCUGAGUGGAACGCCUGGUAUAGGCUCAUCAAACAGUUUCAAGACCUCGAAAAUGCGCGGAGGGCGCAGCUGCAGCUGAUGCAGCUGGAGGUGGCGAACGUGACAACGACAGAGUAG